AUGUUCGUUGUAGGACACACAGUCACUGGACUAAUGAGUGAAAGUCCGGAGAUUUCCUUCGAUAUCGUCGGGUCAACCGGCAACAUGUACAAGACUAUCAUCAGGAAGGAACCAUCAUGCGACUGUCCCGAUGGGAGGAGUGGCAAUCAAUGCAAGCACAUCUGUUACGCCCUUGUAUACGUUCUGAAAGCCCCAGGAGAACUCCAAUACCAGCUGGCUUUUUUGACCUCGGAACUUCGCACAAUCUGGCAAGGCUCUCCUCUAAGUCGACGUCAGUCUGCCCCUAUUGAUCUCAUCGGUGGCGUGCGGAAGCCCAUUGAAGGCGACUGUGCUAUCUGCUUCAUGGAGCUUCAACCGUCAGAGGACAUCGUCUGGUGCAAAUCGGCCUGUGGUAAUAACAUCCACAAGGCUUGCUUCGCUCAGUGGGCAGCUACCACUCGAAAGUCAGGAGCUGGAGUGCGCUGUGUGUAUUGCCGGACCACCUGGAAAGAAGAAACCCCGGACCUCGAUAUCGAGACAGUUCGACAGAGCGGCAAUGUUGGCGAUGACGGAUACCUCAAUGUGGCGUCGCAGUUCGGAUUAUCUACUCUGCGCGACUAUUCCGUGUACUCGCCUUUCUCAACUGCCCGACCAUCGUACUACUCUGGGCCGCGACAGUAUGCUAGUAAUAAUAACUAUUACUAG